GCGGAGGAAGGCGCAGCCCUUUCCGCCAUGAGCUCCGAGGACGAGCAGAAGCGGCGCCUGAUCCGCGAACGGAUCCGGGAUUUCCCGGACUUUCCGUCGCCCGGGAUCAUCUUCCGGGACAUCAGCCCCAUGCUGAAGGACCCCGUGGCGUUCAAAGCGGCCAUCGACCUGCUGGAAUCCUAUAUUAGGGCCUCCCACAAGGAGUUCGACUUCAUUGCAGGCCUCGAUUCCCGCGGCUUCCUCUUUGGGCCGGUUUUGGCCCAGAGGUUGGGGGUUGGAUUCCUGCUCAUCCGCAAGAAAGGGAAGCUCCCGGGACCCACCGAAUCCAUCUCCUACGCGCUGGAAUAUGGCAAGGCCGAACUGGAAGUCCAGAAGGACGCGGUGGAGCCAGGACAGAAAGUCAUCAUAGUGGACGAUCUGCUUGCAACGGGAGGUACCAUGCGAGCCGCCUGUGAGCUGAUGACAAAGCUCCAGGCCGACAUCUUGGACUGCCUGGUACUCAUUGAGCUGUCCUUCCUCAAAGGUGUAGAGGCCCUGAAGCCCUUCCCCCUCUACUCACUAUUGCAAUACCACUGAUGCAUUGGGGGUUAGUUCCCCCUGCAGCCUGGCUCCUCCGUCCUGUUUCUGAGUCCUGAACUUUGCGGGGGAGGAGUCCUGCCACUUCCUUGCACGUUGGCCAAACCUUGAGCAAUCCGGAAAGUGCUGGGUGUAGUUCCUUAACAUGGCACACUGAGUACUUUAAAUACAAUUCGAAACCUGAAUCAAGUGCAGCCAAAGAACUUUGGCAACAGAGCCCUGCUGGUUAUAGCCGGGGCACGUGUGGGUCUCUGUUCCUGAGGAUUCCGAACACUCAUAUGCAUUAGUGUUCCUUGCCAGAGGGAAAGAGGAUGGGCCCACGGCCUCCAGAAAGCCAGUUUGCUGGGUCUUGAGCAACCCAACCACAAAACUAUUUGACCUUGACUUCACUCUCAAUCCCACAUCAGCCCAGCUAGAGUAGAGGCUAAACGUGUCCGUUCAUGUAAUUUGGAUUACUUGGUAGGUGAGGAUGUGUGUCUUCCUGUUGUGACUAGAGGGCUCCUUAUCUCGCUACCAUAGAAAUUGCUGGAACGAAUAAACACUUCUGUAAAACUA